AUGUUCACAGAACAGGACCGCAUCCCACAGCCGCAUGACUUCAUAAUCAAGCUGUUCAACGUGCAUGGUAAGAUGUUUGAUGCAGGGGCUGUCUAUCCCACCCAGGACAUCGAAUUCAACAGUAUCCCCAUUCUGGAAUUUGCCGGUACCAAAACCAAUUGUGAAAUCGUCGACUUGCGCACCAAGUACGGCAACGACCAGUCAGAGUUGUGCAAACGCCUUGAAGCGCGCAAGAAUACCGAUUUGCAGAAGGGUUAUGAUGCCGUCCGCAACAUGCACAUCAAGAGCAGGCGCCAGUACUCACAGGCAGCAUACCGCUUCAGUGAAUUUGUCAUAAAGUACUGCUCGGCGUCAUCAGCUGAAACGCAACGCAAACUUUACGAAGAAACCGUCAAAUUGAUUCGGAUAUAUUGCACCGCUGGUUGA